GGAUAGGUGUCGUCACAAGCUCAGCACAGCUGGGUUGUCAGAUUAUUCAAAGGAGUUCGGAUUCAUGGAUUACAUGUCAAUUUGUUCAUUUUCCUUGUCAAUGCACUUUAAGACUGGACUAGAAUGGCAACAGAAAGGUACUCUGACCACUGUUUACUCCAUUUAGUUAUCCUGUCGACAUCUUUUCUCCUGUCUGUUGCCUAUACAAUAUUCAGGUGGUCCCAGGGAGCAGAAUUCUCAAAAGGAGAUAUAAUCUUCAUAGCUGUCGUGAUUGGAGCAUGCGUCGUCGCCAUUAUCAUCACUAUCGUUUGCCAUCUAGCGUGUCGGAGACGAAGCAGCAAAGGGAAUCAAGCCAGUCUGCUUGGCAUCUGCUGUUGCUACGAUAAUAAUGUGAACAGUCGGUUCAAAGUUGUCAGCCAAAAAAUGGGCUCCGAUUGUGCAAUUUGCCUAGAGGAGAAAAACAUGAUGAUUAAGCCAGUUGUCGAAAUAACAUGUAAACACACAUAUCAUCAGGCUUGUAUCAGUAAAUGUCUCGAAAUGGACAAGAGAGCCAAAUGUCCACAGUGUCGACGACAGCCAGGACAAUUCUCAACUACUGAACGAUUCAUCGCAAUCAUCCAGACGCUUAUGACGAAGAGAAAGGAGAGAACACUCGAGGCUAAGGCAAGCAGAUAUCGGCAAGCAGAGGAAGAAGAAAAAAUGGCUCCAGGAUACACAGAUUUACCCGAAUGCAGCGGUUACACUCCUCCACCGAUUCCUCCCGAGGCGAUUGUUUGAGGGCGUAAAGCUAAACGACCUGGUGCUUGAGAACAUUUAUACUUCUAGUAUUCGCUGAGGACUUAAAACAAAGAGGUUUCCUGCCCAUCAUUGCCAGGGCCAACGUUGAUUAUCACGGAAUUAUUUUUCAUACUUUCAUAUCCUUUAUUGAUGAUAACAGAAAUGGUCUUGUUCUUCAUGGUGACUGCCUAUAAUUUCUAGACGUGUUUGACUUCCUGGUGUUAAAGCGGCACGAGAAACCGUAAAUAGAUCUGAAAAAAACAUCUAUGUGUUACAUGUCUGCAAAUAUACAGGAAUAUACGGUGGUGUUGCCCUGGUCACGUGAUGUAAGCGUGAGUUAUAAAGAACAGUCAUCCGAUCACAGACAGUUUAAUCCACUAUGUAAUAGUGGAAUCAUUGGAUUGGAACAGAAUUUGUAUAAAUAUGCUUAAUAUGUAGUCUGCUGUUUCAUCAAUGGUGAAGUUUCUUUGCUGUAUUAGAUUAAACGGUUAGAUAUUCUGAUUACAUAUAAAUGCAUUUGUCAUACACAUAUCACUUUGCAAGUUAAAAAUAUGUUAAUACUCAUUUGAAACUUACCAUUUCAGAAUCAUGCCUUUAUAUUGUAACAACAUAUAUAUCAUCGAAAUUAGGAAGAAGCAUCAGAUGGUUGUUAUUUUACUCAAAAUGGUAUUCAUCGAACAAGUGUGGGGAAAAAAUCAAGAUAGUGAAAGAAAUGUCUCAUAUUGUCACUAUCUCUGAUAGAUUUAAAACAAUUUUAUGUCGGAUAUGUUGGAACCUGGGUUAUAUACCCUUUGUAUACAAGACAAUGGGUUGUGCAAUAUGUGGAUGUCAAGAGAAUAGGUAAAUGAGAAUGAGAUGUUGAUUUGUAGAUACCGUUCAUUCAUUUUGAUCGAAACAUAUAUAAGAGAACUUUUAUUGAGAAAUCAAAGAACUCGCUAACAUGCAUUCAGAUAAAUGUAUUGAGAUAUCAAUCCGUUUGUAAUUUAAAAUGUUUAUUUUCGAAAGGUGAGUUGUUACUUUAAUUCGAAUGAAAGUUGUGUCUUGAGAAUGUGUCUACCCGUGUGUAAUUGUUAAAGUAUGAAAGAAAUUGAUAUAUUCCAAAAAUACUUGUGUGUAGUUUUGGUUUUAUGGUCAUCAGUUAAAGAAACGAAAAUGCUAUUUUUUUUACACUAUUUUAAAAGAUGAAAUUGCAUUUCUCCCCACAUUUACAUUAUAAUUUUAAACAUAAAAAUAAAAAUAGAAAUUAGAUAAAAAUUACUGCCAAUAUAUUUUAAGCCAAAUAUAAUAAAAUGGUGAUUUGUUCCAAUUGUCCUUCCUCCGUCGUCCGCCCGUCCAUGAUUGGUGUAACUAUUUCUUGAUAAGUACUGAAUGGAUCAGUCUCAAAUUCCAUGUGUAGUUUGACACUGUUAUGAACUUCUGUAUGUUACAUUUUGUAGGCGACCAAUUUGCACUAUGACCUUUUUUUUACUACAAUUUGAUGAGAAUAACAUGACCAAUCAUUCUUAAAUUCACUCGUAGUUUGCAAGGUCGUAUUUAAACAAAAUAGAAAUCAACAUGGCCGACAUUGGUCGUCUUUAAUUUGGCUAUUUAUAGAUUGUUAUCACUAUAUUUGGAAUUACUUAAUGUAUCGUUUUCAAAUUCCAUACGUAGUUCUCCAGUACAAUAAUUAUGCCUGCUAAAUUUAUCAUUACAGGAUACCUCAAUAUCUCAAAUUUAAUGCGGGCAGACCAGGAAAACGGACAAAUAAGUUAAAUAAUAAAAGACAGGGGGCUUUCUUUGUUACUAUCGAUUGUAGUUUGUUAUCUCUAUUUCUUGCUAAGUUGUUUAUGGAUUGUUCGGAAAGUUCAUAUGUAGGUCCCCCGUAUAUCAGUUUCCCUUGCAAAAUUGUGUCACCGAAUGCUUUACCUCACGUGUCAAUACAACAGGUUGUUAACAGUGAAUGAAGAGACACUGAUCCAACCAAUAGCGAUAAUAAAGUGACGCCAAGAUUUCUCUGGGAAUGAUGUCUUAUCCUAAAUGGCAAAACAUAUAUCUUUGGUAAAUUGUUUGGUCCGCAAUUUAAAUGAUGAUUAAACCAAAAUUUCACUUCCCCGUCAGUCUUUCUGUGUAAACUUGUGUGAUGAGAGACGUAUGUGUUGUUAAUGUAUAUGUAUGUUUUGGAAGUCUUGUGGUUAAUAGAAAUGAAGGUAUUAUAGAAAUACGUGGCCUUAAACCUUAGUCUGAACGGAUAAAGUAUAUACAUUGAUAUUUAUGUCAAUGAAAAUACCCUUUAUGUCACCCUUUAAAGUUCACUGUUACUUAAACAUUCUACAGGAGAUUACCUUUGUUUCGUUUUCUAAAUUAAUAUUCGCGUGCUGGAAUACUAUAACAAAUAACGUAUUAAAAUACGUAUUAUUUAUUUCUUUUAAGGAUUUUGUUGAUAUCAUGUAUUUUGCUGUAAAUAAUAACGGGAGAUUCGUCCUCGAAUCACAGCUACUGCUCAUAAUUUAAAAAAAUGACGAAGUGUAUAUCACAGUUAUUUGCGAAAACAAACUAUAUCUGAUAGUAUAUAACGCGUAAAGGGAGGUAACCUGAGUACCUGGGAAAACCACUUCGGUUGAACAGGUAACCCAUACGAAAGGCGACAGCGUUGGUACCGCGGUACCACUUUUCAAACGCCGCAAUAAUAUCAGCCUCUUUCCUUUAGGUUUUAUUUUCUCUCGCUACUGCUUCCAUACAAAGAUUGCCAAUAUCUUGCUAACCAAAUUUCAACACUGGACACGUUUUUUUGUUUCUAUUUCGGUCCUUUCCUCCCCGUUCCACCGUCACUGUCUUCAAAUAUACUUGGCUGCUGUGGGGACUUUAAAUCCGAAACAAUGCCAUAUUAGUGAAAUUGUUGGUAAGGAGGGAUUUUGCAGCACGAUAAAUUACUUUUAAUCAAAAUAUUAUGUUUUGGCAGCCUUACCUUCUGUUUCAAAGUCGAUUUCUGUUUCCAGGUAAUUAGUAGUUUAAAUAGUAAGGUAAGGAAAUACUCCUUAGAGUUUACUUGAUCUGUAAGGAGGCAUUCCCGUUACCACAGGUAUUAUAUAUAUGUAUAUAACAUGAACGUUUAUUUUCGUGUUAUUUUUCCUAUCAAUUUUCCUCAAUGUUGUCUUAAUGUAUACAGAUUUCCUAUUUAAUUCACGUUUCAUUAUGACCUGAAUGUUUUUCAUCUUUCAUCGUUUCAUAAAUUUUGUACAAUGUAAUAAUUGUGAUAUUGCUUAUUUUUUAAUAAAUCAUGUUCCAUUUUAUAUUACUGUUGUAUGUUCACAGAAAAUAAAUAAAACAAUGUCAAACAUU